CAAAUAAAAGGCUGUGGUGUUUUUUAUUUGUGACCAAGUGUUUUCUAUGACACGUAUUCUGUCUGGGGUUUUGAAGUGCAGUCCAAGUGUUUGAUAAAUUGUCUGUGAGAAAAAAAGUAGAUAUUGUAAGAAAUGAAUCCGAUUCGAAGGCGAUUUCCGACGUGGAUUACCGGUGCUUUUGUAGUAUUGGGGGGAAUUGCAACUCUGAAUGUGGCUUCUACUCUUACACUCAAAGGGCUUCACUUUGCGUCCGAGAAUAAACGGAAAAAAACAGCUUUGCCGUGUAAGAGUUGUAGAGGGAAAGGGUUUUAUAUAUGCAAAUUAUGCAGCGGGAAUUCAACCAUAGCUUGGUCUCCGAUGUAUGAUCCUGUUGCAAUUAACCCCUGUGUUUGUCCUACUUGCGAUGGAAACAGGGUACAACGCUGUCUGAAUUGUCUGGGAAAAGGCUAUGACUAGAACUAGAUUGUAAAAUUCAUAUCUUAUGUGAUGAUUAUUUUAGUGCUUGAGAACUUGAACUUCGUUGUCAAUUUGUCUUCGGCUUGAAUUGUUAUGUUCCCGCAAUAAUGGAUUAAGAACUAAGUUUCUGCCAUUGUAAAUCCCGGCUUACCAACCAAAUUCACGCCAAAACAUGUUAACCUUU